CAUAAACAUUUCGUGGUCAUCAAUUGGUUUUAAAUACCAAUGGGGCCUCUCCCCUUCAGACUCCCCCUCACCCCGUCUCCCGGCGCUACACGUACGCUUAUCAACCCUGCAGGUGAUUCCACUCCCCGAGUCUCGUCAUCAAUCCCACCCCCUUUCUCUCCACCAAUGCUCCCGAGAAGACAGAGCAUCUUCCAUCUCGGGGAAGAUGUCGGCAACGGCGGCGGCAGCGCUCCGUGCCACCGCCGCGGCGUUCUCGGCGGCGCGCCGUCGCCGUCGCCGUCCUCCAUGAGCGGCCGCGUGCGCGAGCGGCUCGUCGUGGGGCUCCAGAUCCUCGUGCACCAGCAGAAGCACGGCGGCCGGCAGGCGCACGCCGCGAACGUGGUGCUCAAGCAGAUGGUCCGGCGGCCCGGCGGCGGAGGAUUCCUCAAGGCCUGCUCCCUUUGCCGGAGGGAGCUCAGCCCCAACAAGGACGUCUACAUGUACAGAGGGGACCAAGGGUUCUGCAGCGAGGAGUGCAGGGGACAGCAGAUCCUGCUGGAUGAGGCGCGGGAGCGGGAGGCCGCCGGCAAGGAGCGGCGCCGAGCGCUGCAGGCCCGCCAUCAGGCCCAUCAGCAGCAGCACACGCCCAUCGGCGGCAGGCCCAGGAAGACGACGACGCCGCUGGCCGUCGCGUAGCCUAGCUAAUACCAACGCCACGGCAUGGGCCGGAACCGGGAAGGACGAGUGAAUAAUUAAUGAAUCUAGAGCUAGCUGAGAAGAAGCCGAUCGAUUGGGGAAGUGUGUGUUUGUUUUUUGCGAGUUGCGGUUAAUUAUCCUGAAGGAAGUGCACUCAGCUUGCUCCUGAUGUAAAACAUGCGUGAUCCCAUCGAAUCUAAAUACAGAUAGAAGAAAGAAAAUGCGAAGACAAAGAAAGAUUCUUUGUGCUCUAUUGUUAUGUGAUCGAUUUGUUACGUUCCGGUCA